GGAAGUUAUAGUGUGUCCAAGUGACAAUAAGAAGGAAUACAAAAAAAGGAGGGGGAAAAUGUCAAAAUAAAAGUUCUCAUCAAAGCCAUGUCGUUGCACUUCACUGUGGGGCAGAUGUAUUAAAAUCAACGGGGGCACUGGAUAUAGGCAUCCAUUGUCUGUGAUUCAUCCAAGGCUUACCUUGGUACAAAUUAAAGGCAUUACUUUUCAACAGCAGACCUAUCACAAUAAUUUAAUUUCAUCCUAUGUCAGUGCAUAGGGCAUUUGCUGUUUUCUUUCAAAACCACAAAAUGUGAAGGUCAUUGGCCAGCAAUCAUUGGCCAGCUGUGUGAACAUUUGUAUUAUCUAUCUAUCAGAUUUGCCAUUAUUCUGUUCUCUCUUUAGUUUCAUGUCUUUCAUUUAAUAUCAUGCCUGGGUGCUUGAAUGUAGCCUAUGAUUGAAGAAUAAUUUGGCCCGAGAGGUGUGUGUAUUGUAUUCUGUAUUAAAUGGAUGAAGGUUGUUGUUGUCACAAAAUAUGUCAGGCUUGUCACCUAAGAUCUCUAUAAAUUAUUAAUUAAAACAUUACUUUCAAUCUAGCUAUCUAGUUUGUGUCCACUAGAUCAAAUUCCCUCAGUCGUUGUAAAAGUUCUUUCCUUCAGGUUGGGUUGUUUGAACUUAAUGUAGCCUAUAGGGCACAUAGACCUUUAGUUAAUGUUUUUUCUUCUAUCGUCUUCUUGCUAGGCUAUAGUGAUUAAAAAAAAAACACACAAUAACUUUCGACUUUUAUUUUGACAACAUGACGCUUUGCGGCCAUAUUGCGAAUUGCGUUAUUGACGCUGGCUACACGCAGAUAAGAAUCUCAGAUAUGUAUGUCAUAUGAUAGUUACAGCGUCUCAACUUUCCAAUGGCUGAAGCUAUUACUUUAUGAUGUUACGCUUAUGAUUGUUGUGCACGACGUUUCCGGUCGGCUGUUCACCUGACAGUCACUUGUUUGAAAACAAAUCACUCCCUUUGAUGCGCACUGUUCAUCAGUUAAUGCAAGGUAGCGGUCAUGGGGGAAAACGACGAUAGCGAGAUAAUCGAGCACCAUGUCGACGAGGCCAUGGAGAAGAAGACAAGUCAAAGGAGCCAUACGCACUCUUUUCUGGAGAGCGUCACUUCAUCUGAAAGAGAUGGCCAUAGUAGCACGCAGUCGUCGCACCGUCUUCUUGCGUACAGCGAUGCGCUCAUAUCCAUCAUCGCGACUGUUAUGAUAUUGCCAGUAGCCCACACAAAAGUUGGAGAACAUGAGGAGCUGAAGGACAGCUUCCAGGUGCUGCUGGCCACUAAAAUUGCAGUGUAUCUCAUGACCUUUCUGAUCGUCACUGUGGCAUGGGCUUCCCACAUCAGGUUAUUUCAAGUCAUUGAACGCAUAGAUGACUUCCUUGCCCUUCUCAAUUUGGCCUGUAUGAUGUUGAUCACCUUUCUCCCUUACACAUUCACCUUGAUGGCAACGUUCCCAGAGUACAACCUUGGGAUUCUCCUCUUCUGUGGCUGUGUGAUGGUCAUUGGUCUAAUUCAGGCGGUGAUCGUGAUAUACGGGUUCAGCCGGCCCUUCCUCCUGAACGAGCAGAUCCAGAUCUCCCAGGACCAGAACUACUUCAAGCACCACAUCCUCAAGGUGAUCAUGAGAGUGCCCAUCAUGUGUCUCUUCGCCAGCAUCUUCUCCAUCAUCUUCCUCCAGCUGUCUUAUGUCCUUCUAGCCAUUGUCAUCUUCCUGCCCUACAUAGCGCAGUCUCUGAAAUGGUGUAAGGCUAAGGCUCUUGGCCAGCCUCUGGAGGACGAGCCGGACGCCGUGCUGUUCUACACGUACCACCCCAGCGAGCCUCUCAGCAAGGAGCGCGUGGAGGCCUUCAGCGACGGGGUCUACGCUAUUGUGGCCACGCUCCUUAUUCUGGACAUAUGUGAGGAUAACGUUCCUGACCCCAUCACGGUGCAGGAGAAGUUCGGGGGCAGCCUGGUGGCGGCGCUGCGCGGCUACGGCCCCGAGUUCCUGGCCUACUUCGGCUCGUUCGCCACGGUGGGCCUGCUGUGGUUCGUGCACCACUCGCUCUUCCUGCACGUGACGCGCGCCUCGCGCCUCAUGGGCCUCUUCAACAGCUUCUCGCUGGCGUUCGUCGGCGGCCUGCCGCUGGCCUACGAGCUGACCACCGAGUUCCGCCACGACCCGCGCAACGCGCCCGAGGCCGUGCAGGCCAGCUGCGUCAUCCUCUUCUUCGCCGGCAUCUUCCAGCUGGCCAUCUGGGUGGCGGCGCUGUUCGACGAGCGGCGGACGCUCCACCCGCUGGUGCGCUACGGCGGGCGCGACCACGCCUUCAUGCUGGCCAAGCUGGCGCUGUACCCGUGCGUGGCGCUGGGCACCUACUUCCUGACGUGCGCGCUCAGCGAGUUCAGCACGUCCAUCUUCCACCUCAUGCAGCUCGGCGUGCCCGUGGCCUUCCUGCUGCUGCGGCUGCUGGUCAGCGUGGCCCUGGCUCUGCUCCGCGCCCUGCUGACCGCCCUCCGCAAGACGCCCGAGGGCGCCGCCGCCGCCGCCGAAGGAGGAGGAGGAGGAGGAGGAGGGCUGAUGGAGGAGGACGAAGAGGCGCGGGUGCCCUUCACCGAUGUCGUCAGCUAAGUGCGGGCCCCUUUUGUCUUGGGCGUCUCGAUCGUGGACAACCCGCCCUGUCUCCCCCUCUUUCCCCCUCCCCUCCCCUCCCACCCACACUCCUCUGCAGUCUAAGCCUCAGAACCCACUCAGAAAAGCGCAGGUGCUGCAGUGGCGGUGGGGGUCUCCCCCCUGUAAUGCUUUCAGAGCCCCUAUCUCUCUGAUCUGAGAGCAGUGUGCCUGACGUCUCUGCUGACACCCCAACCCAUCGCAAGCGACGCAUGAAAACUGAUCCCGGUGAAAGCGGAGGCCAGGAUAAGACGAGGAGCCAGUGAUGCCAUUUCACUAGCUCUGGGUGCAGAGACAGUAGGUACUGGGGUUUCAUGGUGUCAUUUGUUUAAUGCAUUGCUUUCAUAAUGAUUUAGGAAAGAAACAGAGAGAGCAGAGGGAGAGGCUCGAAUGACUGAGAGUCAUUGGCCAGGUUUUCCCAGAUUCGUUAAGAAGCUCUUAAGGGGCUAAGAACUUCUUAGGAGCGUUCUUAGAUCGUUCUUAGAGCGCUCCUAAGAAAUUCUUAGCACUUAAGAGCUUCUUAACGAAUCUGGGAAACCCGGCCAAUGUCAUUUGGGUUAUUAAGGUGUCAACACUGACCCCUGCUGGACAGUCUGAGCAGUGCUGACAUUUAGCCAUCAAGACCCCAUCACCUCACAUUACUGCCGUCCAUAUAGAUCUCACACUAGCUUAUUUUUUACAUUAAAAACGGGCCUACUGUUUGAUUUUGAUCUGAUAUUCUAAAUCACUAUUACUGUAUUUUUGUAUUCAUGAAGUGUACUCUAUGAUUUUAAGAUUAUGUUUUAUUUUGCAUGUUGUAUUGUUUUGCUUUGUUUUGUUUGUUUUUUUAACUCCAAGCUAUGCUGAAGACAUUUCCUAUGGACUAUAAUAGCAUAUGUGUCUACUAUUUACUCAGCAGAAUCAUAGACAGCCAUUUGAAGAUGUUGCUGUCAAUCGAUUUAAACAUGAGGUCCAUUGAUGUGUAAGCAUUAAGUCAAAACUAAGGACCGUGUCCUUAAAAAUCUAGUGGGAGAAAACCACUUUAAAACAGUAACAGUCGCAUAGUAAUCGCUAACAGUGUCACUUUCUUCAUUGAUGCUUCUAGUAGCCUGACACUAAUGCAUUAUGUCAGGCUUUGACCAAUGAUUGCAUAAGGUCAACUCCAGGGAGACAGGCUGUGGUAGCAAAGCCGAAUAAUCCAUACAGAGUCCCUGCCUAAAUUUAGCGAUCAGAUGAACCCGUCUUAAUGUCACCAGGACCUAAAGAGCAACAUCUCACUGCCCAUCAGGGCUGCAUUAUGUUGCACGGGGACAAACAAAGACGUUUUUCACUUUUCUCUCUAUCCACAGUAGAGCUUACACAGCCAGUGGCUUGUCUCAUGUUGUGUCGCGUGUUGGCGGUCACAUAUAAAUGCACAUAUAAUGUAUUUAUUUAUGUUUGUGCAUCACUUACAGCUAUUCACAAGGUACCUGUAUGUGUAAGUGAUGCAGGCGAUCCACUGCUUUUAAACGGGUGUCCUUCAUAGCGUUAA